AUGCACCCAGGGAGUAUUCAUCGAGGCAAGCUGUCCACAAACCAAUUGGGCGCUCGGCACUACCAUUCAGCCAACAACCGUCUCCAGGCCAGCGUACUGUCGACACACGAAAUCAACCGUGCCCAUCGAGCAGAGCAUUCACAUCAAAAUCAUCCGGAGGCCGCGUCCCUCUCGUGGGACUCGCCCGAGCAGGAGCACGAAUAUGCCCGUCGAUUCUACCGUGUCCUCAACGAUGGCCAGCCGGAUCAAGUCAUGAAAGCCAUGACCGAUCCACGGUCGGCGGGGCUGGUCGGCGCCUUACCCCAGACCGUCUUCUUGACGGCGCUCCACCUCCUCUCCCCCGCCCAUUUCGUGGACCCCUUCCGCCAGCUCCACCACCCCUUACACACAUGGGCCGUGCUCAUUCACGGCCUCAAGCGGAUCGAGGAGGUUUUUGACACGUUUGUGCAGAACCUCUUCACCGUGAUCGGGUAUCGCACCUCCGAGGGAGGCCACAUGCUGGGACUAGCCGAGUUCACCCACAUCCUGGACUGCGCCCGGGCCAUGGGGAAUGGCAAUCUCGCUGAUCAGGUCUGGGAGACGAUGAAACAGAUGCAGGUGACCCCCAGUGCGCUGUGCUAUACGCACUACAUGGAGGCCAAGGUCUGGGACCACUGUUACACCGGCGUGGAAGCCUACCGAAUGCGCGUCCAUCCCAAGGGCUAUCGGAAGCGGCGCACGCGAGAACCCAAGGUCGGCUGGCAGGGCUUUGGCACUGCGCAAAGAAGUGUUCGGAAGCUGGUGCUUCGUCUGUUUGGAGAGAUGCAGGCAGCCGGUCAUGCGGGCGAUGAGCGAACCUAUAUCAACUUGUUGCUCGCGGCGGCCCGAGUAGGUCAUGCGCGGGCCAUGUCCCACAUCCUGAAGGAGGUCUGGAACGUGGACGUGGAUGCGCUCAAGCAGGAACCGGACGAUUCCAAACUACCGGCCGUGACGGACUAUGAUUCUUGGUCUGCACUAUAUCCAACGGAGAACCUACUCUUUGCCGUCGCCCAUGCCUUUGGCGUCAACAAUGACAUUGCAGCAGCCGUUCGAACGGUUCAAUUCAUUUCAGCCUCCUAUAAGAUUCCCAUUCCCGCCAAAGUCUGGCACGAGGUCUUCGAGCGCGCGUACGUGCAGUCUCGCGAGAGAUGGUCUGCCACGGAGACGCCGCGGAGUGAAACGCACACGGAAUGGGCCAACACGAUCGGUCGAGUCUCGGUGGAUAUUGUGCAGUCUGUAUUUGUCGCCAUGACCUCUGAGCCCUACAAUGUGAAGCCGACCAUGCAGGAGUGGCGCUUCAUGGUCAACACGGCCAUUGAUCGAGGUUGUCUGGAAGACUGCAAGGAGUACCUACGCGGGGCGUAUCGGCUCUUGGAGGAGACGCGCACUAAGCAGACGGAGGCACGCAAGGUUGUGUUGCGAUGCUUGAAUCCGGCCCUUCAGGCGGCACGUCGACAAAUCAAUCAGGGGGCCCCUCGGCCUGACCCAGAACUCUUCUCAUCUCCAUUGCUCGCGGACGCGAUUCGGACGUACGACAUCAUUCGUCUGGAGGUCUGGCAACAGGUCUAUCUUCUUCAACGAAUGCUCCACCUGGUUGUCCGGGUGCCAGGAUGGAAGGACCUGCCCGAAAAGAAUUGGCAUCUUCAAGAACGACCCAGGAUGCUGGAAGAAUGGGUUGAUUUCAUCCCCAGCAAGAUCCAACUGCUCUACAGCACCAACACCGGCCACGUUGACAUGUUGGGCACCAAGGGAUUUGGCAGUCGUUCCUACAAGGUCGACACGAGAGACAUCCCCGUCCGCAGACAUUCUGAUCGACAAGAUCUGUUCGACCCGGGCGCCUGGCCCGCGUGGACGGAAAACUCCAAAUGGGAGGAUCUGGCGACGCGAUACCCAUUCCUGGAUCGCACGGUGGCGCCGCUCGACAGGCUCUUUACGUUCCAGGUGCCUCAGUCGGAGGAGCUCCGUCAGACCGUGUCCAAGAUGCGCAACACGUGGACAGAGUACCCGGCGGACCAUGAAUUGUCCACGGCGAAGAAUCCCCACGGUGGAUUCUUCGGACGUCUGGCAGCACUGGACAUGCUCAAGACUGGAGAGAGGAACAGCGUGUUUUUGUUGGAUGAGAAGUCUUGGAUUUAA